AGGCCUUUUGGCAGUGUAAUGUAAAAUGUAAACAAAUGUUGCUGUGAUACCAAUUACGUACAAGUAUCUGAUAAUCACCAUGGAUUCGGUGAUGACAAUAUUUGAGAGGAAUGGAGUGGAAGAGAUCCGGGAGUUGGAGAAGAAGACGAGACACGAGAUUGAACUGAAAAAGGAGGAACUGAGGCAAAUGGUUGGAGAAAGAUACCGUGAUUUAAUUGAGGCAGCCGACAAAAUAACGGAGAUGAAGAAAUGCUCAGAGAUCGUGACCAACACAGUAAAGGAUAUCCAAGAAUUUACAUCAGCGAGGAGAAAAUCUGCGUUGAAGCCACGUGCUAGCCAACUGGGUGCUUCAAAUGAAAGCAGAUUUUUAGAGAUUGCAGCUGAAACAAAAGUUUUAAUGGAAAUGCCGGAGGAGAUUUGGUUGCAAGUAGAAGCUGGCAACAUGAUAACUGCUUCAUUUCUUUAUCUGCAGAGUCGACAAGUCUUGAAAAAUCUUUCUCUUGAUGGGAAUCAUUCAUACAGUCCAAUAUUACAGUGGAUUCCAAUGUUAGGGCAGCAAGCACAAGCGGUUGCUAAUCUACGCUUGGCUAUUUUGAAACAAUGCCAUGCCAGAAUCAGGGAUCACAGCUUAGACUUGCAAAGUCUGUCCGAAGCUUUGUGCUCAAUUAUUCUGCUAGAAGAAGUUUCGAUUGAGACAGCACUUGGAAAGCUUUUAGAAUCUAGACGUGAAGCUAUCAAUGAGAUUCUCACAGAGGCCGAAAUAAAAUCUGGCUCCUAUUACGGCAUGAGCACAAAAGGCAAGAUCUGUGCUGGUCUUGAGGUCCUUGUAAAAACUGCAUCUCAAGUUUAUGAACUCUUCUGCUGUGAAGGUGAACGAAAAAGUGCCGUUGAAAUAAUGCUAAGGAAGUGCACAGAAGAACCCGAGGGCACCGAACCUUCUGAGAGCUUUGGUUUAGGAAAGUGUUUUAAAAUAUGGACUAGUUGCGUGCCCAAGAACUUGUCCCUGCAGAAAGUGAAGUUCAACAUCACAAGUUACAAUAUUGAGGAUAAGAAUAUUCAGCAGCUUAAUACACAGUGGUUGUCAGCGUGUAAAUCGAUUCUAAAUAAAGGAAUUGCUGACUUGCUACAGUUUACGAACUCUGCCAAGGAUUUGACGAGUGUUAGGGAGGCAGCAAUGGAGAUACUUGAUUGUGGAAAUGAAAUUAAAGCCACCAGCACUAACAACAAUUGGUCUAUUAAUGAUUUAGGUGAAACAGUCCACGUAAAAACAAAGUGGCAACAAACGUGUCAGGCUGUUUUUAACCACGAAGUUGAUGUUUGGGAUGAACUGUUGCAAAGUUUAUUCCUCAAUAAAUUGAAGUCUAUUGUUGCUGUAACCUUCCAACAGCUACUUAAUGAUAGCAAAGCUUUGCUUGAGAAACAAGGUGGUGAAAAGGGCACGAGCACUUCAAAGUUUCUAUGGAACGAACAUGAAAAUGAUAUUUCUUCUACAAUGGCUUGGAGCAGUUGGCAGCAACGGAAAACAUCGGACCAUGCAGGGCUAACACUAAAGUCACUCUCAAUCACCCCAAAUGUACAUCGACUGUGUGAAGGGCUUGACACAUCAGUUAAAAAGUUGCUUGAUGAUGUAAACAAUUAUGUUGUUAGCGUGGUUGGCAAAAGUGGGCCGAACACACCUCACAAACGCUCUGUCAGUACUUCGGAAAAUUUAAUCGAAAAUAAUGUUGAAUGUCAAACAGUCUACGGAUACCUGAAACUAUCCAGUGGUGAAUUCUUCACAUCUUUGUUGGAAUUUUUGUCCAAAAUGAAAGAGCAAUUAAAGAACAAAGCAAAUAAAACAGAUUACACAGCAAAUGAAGAUGUUCUCAGCAAGGCAUUGUUCCUAUCUCGUGUAUGUCGUAAUUUAUUUAAACUAUGCCACAGUUUUCAUGAUUGUUACAUCACAAAACCUCUCCACAAUCAACCAUUACGACGUCACAUGAGUGAAUCUCAUGCUAGUGGUGACAUGAAGUCAACCACAGACACUUCACAAUGGGAAGCAAUUGUAGAAGCCAUGUCCGUACAAAGCCUUAACUUUAUGUCAAUAUGUACCAACGCCAUCUUGUCCCCUGCAUUGGUGAGUUUUGAAGAGAGCUUGCUCAACUCUGCCUCCGGUGGAAAUAUUCUGCUUAGUUUAUCUUUAUGGGACUCGAUCACAGUAGAAGAAGAGAGCGAAACCGGCGACACAGUUAAAUCCCAGAUCAAAGUUCCAGCUUCCACAAUGAGUUUCACCCAAGAACUUCUUUUCACAGUUUGCACCGAACUCGAAAAAAUAGGAGGUUACUCGAUCAGUCGCUCUACUUUGCGUGAACUAUCUAACAGCUGCUUGCAAGGUGUCAUGCGUGCUUAUUCAUCGGCGAAAACUGCUCUUGCACGAGAUGAUUCAAGUCUUCAUGGCCAAACUCUCCCGGAAGAAGACGCCUCCCCAUCUCAAGUGUGGGCUCUACAAAGCCUCUUUGAUCUUCGGUAUCUUCAUAACAUUCUCCAGCAAUCUCUGGAUGCUGCUGGGAAGAAUCCUGAAGUUGGAGAAAAUGAUCUUGAUGAGGAACAUCCAUGUUUCACUUACACAGAGCUAGUGGAUUGGUUGGAGGGGUACAUCGAUCCGUUUGACUUGGAUGUCUUCUCUCCUCACCUGACUCACAACAUCCAGAGAUAUUCCGCUCGAACAUCGACCUUAUUUGGAAUCCUCGUCUCCAGCAAAGUUACUUCAUCCCAAAAGUUAUUCUCGUCGAAGGAUUCACACAACGUCCUACCCCUUAUGCCCGACUGUGGAAGGUUCCCUCUGUUACCAAUUGCUAAUUCCAGUCGUAGUUAUGGCGACAUGAUGACGUCAUCACUACCCCAACUUCCACUAGCGCAUGCUCUGCGUCAAUUGACGAGUUCCGUGGACCAAAGAGAAGAGAGGGAGAGAGACAAGUCUUCAUCGUUAUAUUCCAAACUGGGAGCUCUUAGUUCCUCCUGGCUUUCUAUGUCUUCGUCUUACACUGAAAAUUGAGAAUAUCGACACGUUGCCAAAAGCACUUAUUCCUGUCAAAUUGACCUUGUGUACUGCAUUGUGCAAGAAAGUUAUUUAUCUUCGUAUGAAGCGUGAAAACGGCAAAAUUUACUGAAGAUGUUCAUAUUUUAGUGUAGUCAAAACGCAAGCUGGAAACCUUGUAGGAGAAAUUCAGUGCAAUUUUAUUUUCUAUCAGCUGUCACGUGAUAUGACGCAAGAUCUCUUAUAGUCGAAGCCGAUUACAGCUGUCGUUUAUUAUUUGCAUUAUAGUAGAAGUUAUCGUACAUAUUUAUCUAUAUUAUAUUUUUGGUGGCUGUCUCUGCAUUUCUUAUUCCGAAAACCGAGUGUCCAUCAGACCAGAUAUAAAGCAGUUCGUCAUAUUAACCAGAAAAAAACGGAUUAUCUAACACACAACUUGUUUAAUAAACCCAUUCGUAUUUAUAAAUUCAUUUCUUCGGUGCUAUAUAAUCGCUUUAGCCCAUUAUUUACCUGGCUUGCAGUCGGUUUAGCUGCGCUUAAAUGUUCAAAACUAAUUUCAAAUCAUUCGUCAUGAAAUGUUUACCCAACAUUAGGUGUAGUCCUGUUCUAAACUCCUAAAAUUUUACAGAUAUACAUUUCAUUUAACUGUAGACCAGAAUGUGUCACACGAACGAACGGCUUACAGAUUUGUUACUUCGGUUUCAACAAAGUUAAUACGCGAGUUUUUAAAACGUACUUGUGCCUUAAUGUUGUUCUAUAGUGGGAUGGGGGAAGACGGGACACCUUUAGCGCGAAAUAUCUAAAUAUCCUGAUCGUGUUUCAAACAAGUAACAGCGGUCUAUGGAAGCCAUGAGGAUACGGUUUUAUAAUUCUUUAAACGUUCUUUGUUUACUAUCGAAUGGGACGAGAAAAUGGAAUGAAAAGGUGUCCCAUCUUUCCCCACCCUACUAUAUAUUACAUUCAACGUAAACUAUAUGUUGUAUCGUUUGUUAAUAUACGGCCUCUGAUAUGCAACUAUAA